AUGGCGGUCGAGCUUCCCAAGGUCCUACGUUCCCAGCCGGCGAUCCGCUUUGCCGUGGUGGCCGUGAUCGCGGUGGUGGCGUUGUUCAUCACCAUCCUCCUGGUGAACAAAGAAUCCAGCUGGCAUCGAACCCAACUUGAACGAUCCACAUACACGAAAGUGACCUAUUCCCACGAAGGACCCACCAGCGAGGUGCUUGUGUUGACGGCUCUCCACGAGAAUACCACCUUCGGCAAGCCAGAGCUCAAGAAAUACGUCAACUUGAUCGAGCUGACAGGUGGCCGACACAAAGUGGCUGUGGGUAUUUUGUGCAACACUGAGGACGAGUUCAUUCGCUUCGACCGUUAUUUCCGCAAGCACGAGCCGCCCCACUUCCACAAGGUGACGUUGGUGUAUGCUCCUAUUACUACGAAAAAGACGCUUAGCGACUUUAAUCCAUCGGUGGCUGAAGAAGAGCUCUUACGAGAGCAGAAACGCACCCAAGCCAUUGCCAUGAACAUGCUAAUGUAUCUGGCAAUGGAAAAGGAACCGUAUGUCUUGUUCCUUGACCAGCGAAUUGAGACGUUCGAAGUGGCGAAACCACUUGAUCAUUUUAUUAAUUCAGGUAAAGACAUUGUGGUGGCCAGGGUAGUUGAUAACGACAUCAUCUCUGCUGACGUCAACCUGUGGAAAGGGUCUCGGAGACGGCCCAAACAACAUGCAUUUAACAUGAUGGACGGCAACUACUGGCUGGAGUUCGAGUUUACCCCUGGAAUGGACGGCGACGACCACGGCCUUGCCCAAUCGCUUGAGAGUGAUUUCGUGCCGCUUGACUCGGUGGGGUCGAUGGCGUUAUUCGUAAAAUCGUGGAUCCUCAAGCAAGGGGUGGUGAUGAUGCCCAUGAACAUCAUCGGCACGCAUUGGCCACGCUACGAAGGCUUUGAUGGCCUUGGACCUCUGGCUAUUUGCUAUGUGGCAAAGCAGCUAGGGUACCUGUGUUGGGGAAUGCCCAAGUUGGUGGCUCGUCUUCCACGCAAUCCCAAAUGA